AAAGAGCAGGUUCAGUUAUGUGGGUACAUCUCAGUGUUGUGCAGCAGGUGCAAGCUUCACGAAACCUAAUAUUGAGCAGAAGGAUUUAGAGCUUAACUCAAAUCCACAAUGAUUUUACACAGCUUCACCGUGUUGUUGGUUUGGUCGAUGCUCGGAUUCGUGAGCUGUGCAAAUAUGGAAAAGCCUACUGAACAUCUGACUGUGGUCCUGGGAGAUCCUGUGACAUUCAACUGCACCUACAACUGCAGCAGUGGAUUUGUCCGCGGCUGUUGGAGCAAAACAGCCGACAUGUCAGGCUGCCAUGGCACCAUCAUCAGCCGGAAUCCCUGCACUAUUUCACUUCACCUGCCAAAUGUGUCCAGUGAUGACGUCCAGAAGAACUACACCUGCUACACAGAGAACACAGAGGAGCCUGAUCUGGCCCACAAAACCCAGCACGUUGUUUAUCUGCGACUAGAAGAAACACCUUUUAUAUCUCCAGCUCGAACAAGUGCCCCACACUGGACUGUGAGCCCAAGGAAUGAAAGUAAAAAUGAAACUGUUCUCAGUAAAGAGGAAGAUUCUCAAAGUGGAACAAAUACAGGAUAUGUCAUUUUACCAGUUAUCACUGCUGUAGCCAUUGUACUGACAGCAGUGGCUGCUUUUCUGUGGUUGAAGAGGAAGAACCAAGAAAGUAAAGAGGGACCACCAGUGAUGAGUUCAUCACUGGCCUCACCCACUGCUGUUGCCUCACCAAACACUGGACUGUCCAAACAAAGUGAAAGAGUAACGUUGCUGCUUCCAACAGCAGACAAUGACAGUGAUGAUGAUGAUGAUGAGGUUCCAUACGCUGACAUCAUGAUCACUGUCAGAGGUGUCAGCACACCAGAACUCUCUCAGAUGAAUUAUUUGGCCUCUGAAAAUCAAAGAGAGUAUCGGGGGAACGUUUCCAGGUCUCAUCUACAGGCCACACGUUCUGCCGACCGACUGCACGUCCCACUGCCCAGGGAUGUCAGCCGCAAGAUGAGCACGAACUCUGAAUACGCAGUCAUCACGUACGCCUGAGGAGUGAGGGGCACACGUCUGACCCUUGGUGUAUAAAUGCUCACAUUAAGGUUCUGCUCUUCAGGACCUCUCUGACCUGCUUCAUUUGUUCACUGGUUGUUUUUGCUCAAUCCUUAAAGCAGGAUCCUUUACAGUUGAAACUCCGAAGCUGUGGCACAAUUUGCCCUAAAAUAUUAACCAAACAUCUUACUUAAAAAAAAUAAAUGUACUUUUCAAAAAUGUUAAAAAAAUCUUUUUUCCCUUUGACUUCCCUUUGUAUUUGGCUUUUAUUGUUAUUUUUUCCACAUACAGUAAUUACAUUUCAUCUCUUAUAAGUGGGUUUUUAUAAUUAUUUUUGUUCAUCACUUCAACCUUGUUGUCCUUAAUAAAGUGGAUUCAGAUUUUUUU